CACAAUGAUGGAGAGAACCCUUCAUGGAUUUAUUCCUUUAAUUAGAUUUUAUGAUAUUUCUUCCGAAGACUUUUUUUAUAAAGUAUUACCAUACAAAGAAUUAUUAUCUGCUCAGCUGGUGUAUAAAGUACAAGAAUUUCAUAUGGUUCCAAAUAAGAAGUUGAAUGUUGACAUACAACCUCCUAGAUUGAAAAGUGUUGAUUCUGUUUUAAUUAACUCGCGACAUUUUGCCUUAUUUGCCAGUUGGAUUAGUAAGGAAAAUAUUACAAUAAAAAAUAAUCCAUACAAAUUUAAUUUACUUUACCGUGGUAGUAGAGAUGGUAUGAAAGUUGAAGAAUUUCAUUCUAAAUGUGAUAAUAAAGGAGCAAGUAUUUUAGUUAUCAAAAUUCAAAAUUCAAAUUAUAUAGUCGGAGGUUAUAACCCAGUUAAUUGGAAACUUAGCUGGUCAGAUACUCCAAAUAGUUUUAUAUUUUUAUUUGACAAUUAUAAAAGCAUUAAUACAGGCAUAAUUGGCAGAGUUAUUAAUCCACAAAAUGCAAUAUAUAGUACUAAUGAUAGAUUACAAUUUGGAUCAAAUGAUAAUGGUAGUAGUGAUAUAAUGAUAGAUAAUAAUGGUAAAUGUAGUUCACUUCCAAAUAAUUAUCCUGAUAUUAAUAUUCCAAGAAAUUUCGUUGCUGAUGAUAU